AUGCCCUCCCCAACCCGGUCACGACCUGCAUCUCCAUCAGGCCCUCACCGCCACCGCAGUCGAACAAGCCAUUCCCACCGCCAUCGACCACGCGAAAGCUCACGCUCACGCUCUCCACACCGAUCCAGACACACCUCAGACCGUCGUCAUGGAGACAAAGACCGCGAGCGAGAACGCAGAUACAAAGAUGUACCGAGAAAGCCAGUGAUCCUACCUUAUCAGGCGCGCGAGCUUUCAAGACGCGACCUCGAGGCCUAUCAUCCGAUGUUUGCUAUGUACUUGGAUAUCCAGAAGGGGAAAUUCAUUGAGGAUCUAAGCGAAGACGAAGUGAAGGGCCGGUGGAAGAGUUUCACGCAGAAAUGGUAG